AUGCAGAAAGUGAAAGAAAAACAAUUGUGCUUUAAUUGUUUAAGAAAACACCGGGUCAUAAACUGCACGUCACAAAGAAGAUGUCUGGUCUGUAAAAAGAAACAUCAUACUAGCAUAUGUAACAACAAGAGUAAAGAACACAACAGUGGCGGGAAUGUUCCGGAUGUACAGUCAUCAAAACCGGAAACGGCAGUUCUACAUUCAUCUACCCAAGAAACUUCCCAUGGUGUUUUACUGAAAACAGCCAUUAGCAAGGUGACUUCCGGUAACAUAACAAGGGAUACUCAUAUCCUGUUUGACGAAGGAGCACAGAAGUCAUUUAUCACCGAGACGCUAGCACAAGAAUUGCAACUAUCCACAUCCGGUACAGAAACCUUACACUUAGCAACGUUUGGUAACCAAGAACAACAACUAAAACAUGUUGAUUCCGCAACGGUGUACCUCAUUACAAACCAGAAAAAGAGAAUACCGAUCAAUGUAUUAAUAGUGCCUACUAUAUCAGUACCUAUUAGUACCAGUCUACACAACACAGCGUCCCAUUUACCUUACCUGAGAGGACUGAACCUGGCACAUCCGGUUAGCGGCGAUGAGGUAUUUACAAUUUCUCUGCUGAUAGGAGCUGACCAUUACUGGGACGUCAUUGAAGAUCAUAUUAUACGCGGAUGUGGACCAACUGCAGUGAAGUCCAAGAUCGGAUAUCUUUUGUCGGGACCUGUGAAUGCAUACUGCAACAAUACUACUAGUAAGAUGAACCACAUAUUUAACGUUAUGACCACACGUGCACGAGAUGAAAACGCUAUAGAACGUUUCUGGUCGCUCGAGAGCAUAGGUAUCACUCCGUGCAAAGACGAGCAUGAGAAGACGGAUUACUUGGCGCAGUAUCAGCAGACGUCAAUUGAAUUUACAGACGACAAGUACACUGCAGCCCUUCCAUGGAAAUUAGACCACGACCCACUUCCAACAAAUUACAACAUCACAAAGAAAAGAACUGAGAGCACGAUUCGCAGACUAAGCCAGGAACCUGAUAUGCUAAAGAAAUAUGGUGAAAUUAUAUCAGAGCAAGAGAGACGGGGAUUUAUAGAAAAGAUUAACGAUGUUGCACAAACUUCAAAUGCAGUCCACUAUAUUCCCCACCACCCUGUGCGAAAGGAAUCAUCUACCACUCCUAUUCGUAUCGUGUAUGACUGUAGUUGUAAACAGUCAUCUAGUCAACCUAGCCUGAACGACUGCCUGGAGUCUACAGCACCUGUGCUGAAUGAAUUAACGUCUAUAUUGAUGCGAUUUCGAUUGGAAAAGUACGCUGUAGCCACAGACAUAGAAAAAGCUUUCCUACAUGUGGGACUACAAGAAAAAGACAGGGAUGUUACCCGGUUUUUGUGGCUCACUGAUCCUAGUGAUCCUAAAUCUCAACUUUGCACAUACCGAUUCAAAGCAGUGUUGUUCGGCGCGACGUGCUCACCGUUCAUUCUUAACGCCACUAUUCUCAAACACUUGGAAUUAAACAAAACAAACAAAGCAGCCGAGAUUAUAAAGAGAGAUUUAUAUGUUGACAAUAUACUCUCUAGUUUUGAAGAAAAAAGAGAUCUACUCACCUAUUUCCGUGAUGCACGUGAUCUGAUGAAAUGUGCCAGUAUGAACUUAAGAUCGUGGUCUUCUAACAACUCCGAACUAAAAGCUAUCGCCACACGAGAAGGAGUCAUAGAUAGAGAUGAAGUAACCAAGGUACUAGGUAUGUGCUGGAAACCGGAAACAGAUUCCAUGGCAUACAGACAUCACAAGAUACCAAAGUUAGACUCUGUAACCAAGAGGGACAUUCUAAGAUAUUCAUCACGAAUUUAUGAUCCACUAGGUCUGUUAAGCCCGGUAACAGUAAGGGCAAAAUUACUUCUUCAGCAAUUAUGGAAAGAUAAGUUUGAUUGGGAUGUACCGUUACCACUAGAGGUGCAAGAUAAAUGGAACAAGCUGGCUGAAGAUCUGAACACAGUUACAGAUACAGAGUUUUCCAGACAGUACAUACGGCAGUCAAAGCAUAAACAGACCAUAAAUAAUUCAAGAACAAAAAGUACUCUCCAUGUAUUUGUCGAUUCCAGUCUCAAAUCAUAUGGAGCAGCAGUAUACAUAGUGAACGCAGAUGGAUCCAGAUUGGUGAUCGCGAAAAAUCGGGUAGCUCCCGUGAAAUCCAUGACAUUACCACAGCUCGAACUUAUGGAAGCAGUAGUCGGCGCCAGAUUAGUUCAACACGUACAAGAAUCCUUGAACAUUUCCGACGUCAUCUGCUGGUCCGAUAGCCAGAUUGUGCUUCAUUGGUUAUCAACAUCUAAACCACUGAAACGGUUCGUGCAGAACAGGGUGAUAGAAAUACAAACACUUACUAAAAAUUACCCAUGGCACUACUGUCCAACAUAUGAUAAUCCUUCAGACCUUCUAACUCGUGGUAUUCCUGCUGACCAGCUCUUACAGAACGACCUAUGGAACAGUGGGCCGUCAUGGAUACAAAACCAGUCCAACUGGCCUGUUUGGAAACCAACAGAGAAUGAAAUGCAGACGACAACAAAAACGCAGACGACAGUUUCGGAUAUCUCGUUGCCCUCAGAUGCCACAAAGAUGAGCGUAGUAUGCAGUAUAAAGUGUAGCACAAAUGAAGGCAUCCAUCAAGUAAUCAACAUAGAGAAAUACAGCAAAUACUUCAGACUGUUACGUGUAACUGCCUACUUAUUACGAUUCAUAAGCAAUUGCCGAAAUACACAGACAAAACUUACCGAUGAAUUAACGACAGCAGAAAUCGAAAGAGCAGAGAUAAGGUGGCUAAAAUGUUGCCAAGAAAGUACUUACCCAGAUGAGAUGUCCAGUUUGAAGUCCAAUACCACCAAAAGAUUACCACUUGUCAAACAAUUGCGUUUAUUCGUAGAUAAAAGCGGUAUUAUUCGUUGUGAAGGACGUAUACAUAACGCGCCAUUAUCCGACGUCACCAAAUUCCCCUAUUUGUUACCGAAGAGACAUCCACUUACACGCCUGAUUGUACUAGACACACAUGAGAACCAGUUACAUGCAGGAACGAACGCUACUGCUACCCAGUUAAGGCAGAAGUACUGGAUCCCAGCUACCAGGCAGUGCGUAAAAUCUAUCCUCAGGAAAUGUACAAUAUGCAGACGAGUACAAGGAAAGCCGUAUAGAGCGCCAGAUCCACCACCAUUACCAAAAGUAAGAGUAGAAGAGUCUCCACCGUUCACUGUGACUGGAGUUGAUUACACAGGUGCGUUAUACGUAAGAGACCAUUCCGGAAGCGUAAUAAAAGUAUAUGUAUGUUUAUUCACAUGUGCCAAUUCUCGAGCCUUACAUUUAGAGGUUGUACCAGACCUGUCCAAAGAGUCAUUCCUACUAGCUUUUAGGCGUUUCGUAAGCCGGAGAUCAGUUCCGAGGGUCAUGAUGUCAGACAAUGCUACAACGUUUACAAGUGCGUCAGAAAGCUUGAAACAUAUUUUCCAGUCAACUCAAGUCAGAGAAACAUUAAGUAGAAAAGGCACAGAAUGGAAAUUCAUUCCCAAACGAGCACCAUGGUAUGGAGGAUGGUGGGAGCGACUAAUAGGUCUCACAAAAAUAGCGCUGAAGAAAGUUGUAGGAUGCUCCCUUGUUACCAUGGAAACACUUCAAACGGUAGUUACGGAGAUCGAAGCCAUGCUGAACGACAGACCGUUAACUCAGAUGUCAUCAAGUGUCGAUGACAUGGACCCACUAACACCGUCACACCUUCUCUACGGCCGGAGACUUACGUCACUUCCGUAUAACACAACUACCUUAGACUUUGAAAAUUCAUCCAAAUUUGACGAACAUUCUGCGGUUACAAAACAGGCAAAAUUACAAUCAAAGCUCCUUGACCAUUUCUGGAAACGGUGGAGAAUGGAGUACUUAACAGCAUUACGUGAAUCUCACCGUAAAUCAGGAACGAAUGAACAGAUGAUAGCCGUGGGUGACGUAGUACAAAUCCACGAUGAAUGUCCACGGAACCGAUGGAAACUAGGCGUUGUUGAGCAGUUAAUUACCGGAAGAGACGAUCGUACCCGAGCUGCUACAAUUAGAACUGCGAACGGAACUACAACCAGACCAAUAGUGAAAUUAUACCCACUAGAAUGUGUGAACUAUAGAAACACUUAA